AUGAGAGAAGUCAAUUUUAGCAUCCCCAACGUCAACAAGGCGUCGGUGGGCAUCACCACUGCCCUAUAUGACCGCCGGGCACUCGACUGUACUUCAACGCUCCCCCUCAUUAACUCUCUCAACCAUCUCGCUUAUCUUACAACUUCUUCGGCUCGCAUCCGCGAUAUCCUAACUGUUGAUGGAGGGAUCGAGAGGCUGGUGUGUAUAUUAAAGCAGGGGCGGAGCAAAGAUAUGAUGGACAUGUGGAAGUGGAAUCUAGCCUUCCAGUGCGUAGUCAACAUAGGAGUUAGGGGGACCGAGAAUGUGAGGACCCGGGUGGUCGAGGCUGAUAUGGUUCCCGUUAUCGCGACUAUACUUGACAAUUACAUUAAAGUUAUCGAGAAGUGCCGCGAGAAGGCGGAAGAGGCCAAGCAGAAGCAAAUAGCUGACCAUCAGCAGCGUCAUCGGAGUCAUAGUCAUCGGGAGCCGCCAUUUAAAUCGUCUUUCGCAAACCGGUCCACUCGUAUAGACCUCGACCAAAGGGCUUUCCGUAGGCAAGCUCCGCCGCCGUCCAUCGAUGUCACAGCCGCUUCGUUUGCGAGCACGUCGGCUGCGGCCGAGCAAGCUAAUGCUGAAGUUGUGCCAGCUAUUCCGUCAUUCCCCAUUACCUCUCCUCCGGAUCGCACUGCUUUCCCUAACCACCGCCAUCAUCACCAUCACCAUCACCACCAUCAUCACCAUCAUCAUCACAGACAAGAAAGUCGCCCGAACAUCAUAUCUCCGUCACGGCAGGUGAUUCAGCCCUUGGCGAGUGCAGUUCCGACUAUGGAGGCGGCGGAUGGGUUUAUCCGUCCUGUGCGAGACAUUGAUCGGCUGCCAUCAAUGGUUCCGGUUUUCCACCCCGGCCUGCCGUCGCAACCCACUUCGCCUACCACUCCUCUACCUACUCCUCAAGCCCACUCGCCAGCAGUUAGACCUACUUCGGAAUCGAUACUGAAUGGCCGAGCCAGGCGACGCCCUUCCAUACGCCACCAGAACUCGACUACGGAUGCGGAUGAGUUGAACGCAACCGACAGCGUGCAGUCCGACGAGUCUCAAGAUGCCGAGAUGUCCGGUACGGCUGACAUCCAGCCUACCGUCGGAUUUCAGGACAUUGCUAUGGAAGAGGGUGACAGUACUCUAGCCGGUGCAGCUCUCGACUUGGCAACGCCGACGGUUUCCGAGAUCCCCGACGCAGGAACCUUCAAUAUAACACAUCGAACGCCUCUGGACGGCAGUCUACCAAAUAACACGCCGACCCCUGUACCGGCAAUGGGUCUUUCUCCCCACCGUCCCAUAAUGCCCACUCCGCAGCCCUCUCUUCCUAACCACGCAAGUGUACCGCGGUACCUUCUGGAUCGGCCGGUUCCCCCGAACCCUCAGAUGCUGGCAGCGAUGCCCAGGGAAGAAGAUGUGCUAAUGUCUCUCCAAUUGCUCGCAUAUGUUUCAAAGUACUGCAACCUUAGGUCAUAUUUCCAACAAAGUCACCUCGUGCCGCGGCUUCAAAUAGGAAAGGAAUUGCAGUUGCUCGACGGAGAGAACAUAACGGCAGGAUCACCGGGCCAGCAAGAGUACGCGGAAGAAUAUCUUCUUCCAAACGACUUUAACAUAUUCCCACUAGUCGAGAAGUUCACAGUAAGAUAUCACAGUACUGACAUGCAAUAUUGGGCUGGGGUCGUGAUGCGUAACCUAUGCCGCAAAGACGAUACCCGAGGUGGCAUUCGACAGUGUGCAUACUACCAGUGCGGUAAAUGGGAAGAAUAUACACGGCAGUUUGCUAAGUGCCGCCGGUGCCGCCGAACGAAGUACUGCAGCAAGGAGUGCCAAAAGAGUGCUUGGGCAUUCCACCGGCACUGGUGUGUUGCUACUUCGCCAUGA